CAGGUAUCAAUCCAAUCACUUGAAUCUAGUUCUGUCUCAACUUUUGCCUGCAUCUUUACUCAAAAUGGCUGCAAUCACCCAAAUUCAACCCUCUGACGGCAAACCAGCCUCUGUGGGAUUUCAUUACCCCCAAAAGGAACAAAUUCCACCAGAUUCUAUCGGUACCGAUCAGAUUCUAGUAUCUUUUCUCUUCUCCCCAAUCAACCCCCAAGACCUUCUUGUACUUGCAGGUCGCUACCCAGUCAAGCCGCUGCAUACCCUGGACAACGAGCCUGUCCUGGGUUAUGACGGCGUGGCUUGCGUCGAAGCAGUGGGUCCUCUCUCUUCCCCGGAGACGACCCACAUUCGGCCCGGAGACUUGAUUGUUCCGCGUCGACAUGGAUUGGGAACCUGGAGAAGCCAAGCCAUUCUUAGCGUGACGGAUGUCAUUCCCCUGUCGCCUACUAAUGAUUUGUUUGGCGCAUCUCUUUUGCGUAUGGCCUUUCUGCCGGCUUACCUCCUUGUUGAGGAUAUGCGUGACUUGAAGCCUGGCGAUUGGAUCAUCCAGAAUGCAGGUUCUGGAACCAUCGCGAGACUUGUCGCGCAGUUUGCUCGCCUCAAGGGUGUUCGUACCUGCAGUGUCGUGCGUGAUCGGGAGGGUAGCACUUUCGAUGCCCUCAAGACCGAUCUGCAUAGCCAGGGCGUAGAGAUCGUAAUUACCGAAGACGACCUCGCUAAACAUGGUACGCAGGCUUCGGCAGAACUCGCGGAUGCAGCUUCUAGGGGUCGUGUCGUGCUCGCCAUCGACGCUGUCUUUGGCGAAUCCGGCGAGAGACUUGCAAAUGCGCUUUCCCAUGGCGGAACAUAUGUCAACUAUGGGUCUCUCGGCGGAGCAAGCGGAAUCCUUGGCCUAUCUCAGCGGCUGUUGUUCUGGUCAGAGGUUACCUUUCGGAACUUCCGUCUCUCUGAACAGUUGAAGGCUCGGACUGCGGCGGAGCAGGAAUCUCUGUUGUUGUGGUUCCAAGACUUGCUUGCUCGCGGACUUCUGCGUACGCCACCUGUGGAGACCAUUCAGGUUCCUCGGGAUGUUGACGGCAGGGAUGAAUUUGAGCGGCGUGUGAGGGAGGUAGUCAAUGCAGGUCCUGCUGACAAGGUGGGAAGGGUGAAGCAGGUUUUGCAGUUUGGUAGGAUCUAGCUGCAUAUGCGUAUUGUGAGGAUCAACACAAGUAGUGGAAAUUAAGAUUAGGCAGUAAUGUAACCCUUUCAUGCAUGAAAAA